AUGGGUGACGUCGAGUACGGCAAGAUCUACGACUUCUACCUGCCCCCUGAGUUCCUCCGCCUGUACGACGGCCCGGCCGUGAACGUGGAGGACAUGUGGCGCAUCCUGGGCAAGGGCACCAGCAACGGUGGCCUCGUGGUGGGCACCAUCAUCAAGCCCAAGCUCGGCCUGCAGCCCAAGCCAUUCGGCGAGGCCUGCUACGCGUUCUGGCAGGGCGGCGACUUCAUCAAGAACGAUGAGCCCCAGGGCAACCAGGUGUUCUGCCAGAUGAACGAGGUCAUCCCAGAGGUUGUGAAGGCCAUGAGGGCGUGCAUCAAGGAGACUGGUGUGGGCAAGCUCUUCUCUGCCAACAUCACCGCGGAUGAUCCCAACGAGAUGAUUGCCCGCGGCAAGUACUGUCUGUCCCAGUUCGGUCCUCUGUCCGAGAACUGCGCGUUCUUGGUGGAUGGCUACGUGGCCGGAGGCACGGCCGUGACCUGCGCCCGCCGCAACUUCCCAGGACAGUUCCUGCACUACCACCGUGCCGGACAUGGAUCCGUGACCAGCCCCCAGACGCAGCGUGGUUACACCGCCUUCGUGCACACCAAGAUCUCCCGAGUCAUCGGUGCGUCCGGCAUCCACACCGGAACCAUGAGCUUCGGCAAGAUGGAGGGCGAUGCCUCAGACAAGAACAUCGCCUUCAUGCUGCAGGACGACGCGGCCGAUGGCCCCUACUACCACCAGCCAUGGGAGGGCAUGAAGCAGACGACUCCCAUCAUCUCCGGCGGCAUGAACGCCCUGCGCCUGCCGGCCUUCUUCGAGAAUCUUGGACACUCCAACGUGAUCCUGACCGCCGGCGGUGGCUCUUUCGGCCACAAGGAUGGCCCCAAGCCGGGCGCCGUCUCCUGCCGACAGGGUGAGGAGGCCUGGAAGGCCUGGAAGUCCGGACAGUACGGCAACAUCAGCCUGAGCGAUGGCGUGAUCGAGUUCGCCAAGACCCACGAGGAGAUCAAGGGUGCCUUCCUCACCUUCCAGAAGGAUGCGGACCAGAUCUACCCUGGCUGGAAGGAGAAGCUCGGAUACACUGGCGAGUCGUCCGUGCAGGCGGCCAGCUUCGACUGGGCCAAGAAGGCCUCCGCCGCCGCCUUCGUGGGUGCCAGCGUGGCCCCGGCCAAGAAGGAGAGCAGCGUCUCGCGCAAGGCCCUGGAUCAGUCCAGCCGCUACGCGGACCUGUCCCUGGAUGAGGUAAGUCUAAGGAACGGCAAGCACGUGCUGGUGGCGUACAUCAUGAAGCCGAAGGCAGGGUACGACUACCUGGCCACCGCCGCCCACUUCGCUGCCGAGUCCUCCACGGGCACUAACGUGAAUGUGUGCACCACUGACGACUUCACGAAGUCCGUGGAUGCCCUGGUGUACUACAUCGACCCCGACAGCGAGGAGAUGAAGAUCGCCUACCCCAACCUGUUGUUCGACCGCAACAUCAUCGAUGGCCGCGCCAUGAUGUGCUCCUUCCUGACCUUGUCCAUCGGUAUGGGCGACGUCGAGUACGGCAAGAUCUACGACUUCUACCUGCCCCCUGAGUUCCUCCGCCUGUACGACGGCCCGGCCGUGAACGUGGAGGACAUGUGGCGCAUCCUGGGCAAGGGCACCAGCAACGGUGGCCUCGUGGUGGGCACCAUCAUCAAGCCCAAGCUCGGCCUGCAGCCCAAGCCAUUCGGCGAGGCCUGCUACGCGUUCUGGCAGGGCGGCGACUUCAUCAAGAACGAUGAGCCCCAGGGCAACCAGGUGUUCUGCCAGAUGAACGAGGUCAUCCCAGAGGUUGUGAAGGCCAUGAGGGCGUGCAUCAAGGAGACCGGCGUGGGCAAGCUCUUCUCUGCCAACAUCACCGCGGAUGAUCCCAACGAGAUGAUUGCCCGCGGCAAGUACUGUCUGUCCCAGUUCGGACCUCUGUCCGAGAACUGCGCGUUCUUGGUGGAUGGAUACGUGGCCGGAGGCACGGCCGUGACCUGCGCCCGCCGCAACUUCCCAGGACAGUUCCUGCACUACCACCGUGCCGGACAUGGAUCCGUGACCAGCCCCCAGACCCAGCGUGGUUACACCGCCUUCGUGCACACCAAGAUCUCCCGAGUCAUCGGUGCGUCUGGCAUCCACACCGGCACCAUGAGCUUCGGCAAGAUGGAGGGCGAUGCCUCGGACAAGAACAUCGCCUUCAUGCUGCAGGACGACGCGGCCGAUGGCCCCUACUACCACCAGCCGUGGGAGGGCAUGAAGCAGACCACUCCCAUCAUCUCCGGCGGCAUGAACGCCCUGCGCCUGCCGGCCUUCUUCGAGAACCUUGGACACUCCAACGUGAUCCUGACGGCCGGUGGUGGCUCCUUCGGCCACAAGGAUGGCCCCAAGCCGGGUGCCGUCUCCUGCCGCCAGGGUGAGGAGGCCUGGAAGGCCUGGAAGUCCGGACAGUACGGCAACAUCAGCCUGAGCGAUGGCGUGAUCGAGUUCGCCAAGACCCACGAGGAGAUCAAGGGUGCCUUCCUCACCUUCCAGAAGGAUGCGGACCAGAUCUACCCUGGCUGGAAGGAGAAGCUCGGAUACACUGGCGAGUCGUCCGUGCAGGCGGCCAGCUUCGACUGGGCCAAGAAAGCCUCCGCUGCCGCCUUCGUGGGUGCCAGCGUGGCCCCGGCCAAGAAGGAGAGCAGCGUCUCGCGCAAGGCCCUGGAUCAGUCCAGCCGCUAUGCAGAUCUGUCCCUGGAUGAGGCAACUCUCAUCAAGAACGGCAAGCACGUGCUGGUGGCGUACAUCAUGAAGCCGAAGGCAGGGUACGACUACCUGGCCACCGCCGCCCACUUCGCUGCCGAGUCCUCCACGGGAACCAACGUGAACGUGUGCACCACGGACGACUUCACGAAGUCCGUGGAUGCCCUGGUGUACUACAUCGACCCCGACAGCGAGGAGAUGAAGAUCGCCUACCCCAACCUGUUGUUCGACCGCAACAUCACCGAUGGCCGCGCCAUGAUGUGCUCCUUUCUGACCCUGUCCAUCGGUAUGGGCGACGUCGAGUACGGCAAGAUCUACGACUUCUACCUGCCCCCUGAAUUCCUCCGCCUGUACGACGGCCCGGCUGUGAACGUGGAGGACAUGUGGCGCAUCCUGGGCAAGGGCACCAGCAACGGUGGCCUCGUGGUGGGCACCAUCAUCAAGCCCAAGCUCGGCCUGCAGCCCAAGCCAUUCGGCGAGGCCUGCUACGCGUUCUGGCAGGGCGGCGACUUCAUCAAGAACGAUGAGCCCCAGGGCAACCAGGUGUUCUGCCAGAUGAACGAGGUCAUCCCAGAGGUCGUGAAGGCCAUGAGGGCGUGCAUCAAGGAGACCGGCGUGGGCAAGCUCUUCUCUGCCAACAUCACCGCGGAUGAUCCCAACGAGAUGAUUGCCCGCGGCAAGUACUGCCUGUCCCAGUUCGGUCCUCUGUCCGAGAACUGCGCGUUCUUGGUGGAUGGCUACGUGGCUGGUGGCACGGCCGUGACCUGCGCCCGCCGCAACUUCCCAGGACAGUUCCUGCACUACCACCGUGCCGGACAUGGAUCCGUGACCAGCCCCCAGACCCAGCGUGGUUACACCGCCUUCGUGCACACCAAGAUCUCCCGAGUCAUCGGUGCGUCUGGCAUCCACACCGGCACCAUGAGCUUCGGCAAGAUGGAGGGCGAUGCCUCGGACAAGAACAUCGCCUUCAUGCUGCAGGACGACGCGGCCGAUGGCCCCUACUACCACCAGCCGUGGGAGGGCAUGAAGCAGACCACUCCCAUCAUCUCUGGCGGCAUGAACGCCCUGCGCCUGCCGGCCUUCUUCGAGAACCUGGGACACUCCAACGUGAUCCUGACCGCCGGUGGCGGCUCAUUCGGCCACAAGGAUGGCCCCAAGCCGGGUGCCGUCUCCUGCCGCCAGGGUGAGGAGGCCUGGAAGGCCUGGAAGUCCGGACAGUACGGCAACAUCAGCCUGAGCGAUGGCGUGAUCGAGUUCGCCAAGACCCACGAGGAGAUCAAGGGUGCCUUCCUCACGUUCCAGAAGGAUGCGGACCAGAUCUACCCUGGCUGGAAGGAGAAGCUCGGCUACACCGGCGAGUCGUCCGUGCAGGCGGCCAGCUUCGACUGGGCCAAGAAGGCCUGCUUUGCGACUUAUAGCUGUGCUCUCAUCGAUGCACCUUUCUCCAAAUGGCGCCUCGCUAUGGCUCAGCGCCCAUCCAACCUGGCCCUUGCUGGGGCGGCCGCAGGCGGGCUCGCGCUACUGGGUGCCACCGCCGAUGCCUUCGUUGCGGCACCACGGGAGGCCAGCGCUCCGAGCCUCCGUGGCGCCUCCCUGGCGCAGGCGCAGGGCACGAGCGCCGGUAGCUCCUCCUUUGCCGCGCCUUGGUGCGUCUCGCUGUGGUUGGGGCAGCAGAUCCCCGCCCUUGCUGCUGGCGGUGCCGUUGCCGCGGCCGCUGCGGCCUCCGGCCGCCCAGGACGCCAGACGCGAAGCUCGGUGCUUCCCACCACAGUGGUGCCGGUGAAGGACUGGGGCAUGACGGGCCUUCUAGGCCCUGCCCUUAGUAUGAAGUGCGGGCCCUUACAGGACAGCCGGGUGACCCUCAAGGCCCUCGACCAAUCCAGCCGCUAUGCGGACUUGUCCCUGGACGAAGCGACCCUGAUCAAGAACGGCAAGCACGUGCUGGUUGCGUACAUCAUGAAGCCGAAGGCAGGCUACGACUACCUGGCCACCGCCGCCCACUUCGCAGCCGAGUCCUCCACGGGCACCAACGUGAACGUGUGCACCACGGACGACUUCACGAAGUCCGUGGAUGCCCUGGUGUACUACAUCGACCCCGACAGCGAGGAGAUGAAGAUCGCCUACCCCAACCUGUUGUUCGACCGCAACAUCACCGAUGGCCGCGCCAUGAUGUGCUCUUUCCUGACCUUGUCCAUCGGUAUGGGUGACGUCGAGUAUGGCAAGAUCUACGACUUCUACCUGCCCCCUGAGUUCCUCCGCCUGUAUGACGGCCCGGCCGUGAACGUGGAGGACAUGUGGCGCAUCCUGGGCAAGGGCACCAGCAACGGCGGCCUCGUGGUGGGCACCAUCAUCAAGCCCAAGCUCGGACUGCAGCCCAAGCCAUUCGGCGAGGCCUGCUACGCAUUCUGGCAGGGUGGCGACUUCAUCAAGAACGAUGAGCCCCAGGGCAACCAGGUGUUCUGCCAGAUGAACGAGGUCAUCCCAGAGGUCGUGAAGGCCAUGAGGGCGUGCAUCAAGGAGACCGGCGUGGGCAAGCUCUUCUCUGCCAACAUCACCGCGGAUGAUCCCAACGAGAUGAUUGCCCGCGGCAAGUACUGUCUGUCCCAGUUCGGUCCUCUGUCUGAGAAUUGCGCGUUCUUGGUGGAUGGCUACGUGGCUGGAGGCACGGCCGUGACCUGCGCCCGCCGCAACUUCCCGGGGCAGUUCCUGCACUACCACCGUGCCGGACAUGGAUCCGUGACCAGCCCCCAGACCCAGCGUGGUUACACCGCCUUCGUGCACACCAAGAUCUCCCGAGUCAUCGGUGCGUCCGGCAUCCACACCGGAACCAUGAGCUUCGGCAAGAUGGAGGGCGAUGCCUCGGACAAGAACAUCGCCUUCAUGCUGCAAGACGACGCGGCCGAUGGCCCCUACUACCACCAGCCAUGGGAGGGCAUGAAGCAGACCACUCCCAUCAUCUCCGGCGGCAUGAACGCCCUGCGCCUGCCGGCCUUCUUCGAGAACCUUGGACACUCCAACGUGAUCCUGACCGCCGGUGGCGGCUCCUUCGGCCACAAGGAUGGCCCCAAGCCGGGUGCCGUCUCCUGCCGCCAGGGUGAGGAGGCCUGGAAGGCCUGGAAGUCCGGACAGUACGGCAACAUCAGCCUGAGCGAUGGCGUGAUCGAGUUCGCCAAGACCCACGAGGAGAUCAAGGGUGCCUUCCUCACCUUCCAGAAGGAUGCGGACCAGAUCUACCCGGGCUGGAAGGAGAAGCUCGGCUACACAGGCGAGUCGUCCGUGCAGGCGGCCAGCUUCGACUGGGCCAAGAAGGCCUCCGCCGCCGCCUUCGUGGGUGCCAGCGUGGCCCCGGCCAAGAAGGAGAGCAGCGUCUCGCGCAAGGCCCUGGAUCAGUCCAGCCGCUACGCGGACCUGUCCCUGGAUGAGGCGACUCUCAUCAAGAGACCCAGCUGCAGGAACGGCAAGCACGUGCUGGUGGCAUACAUCAUGAAGCCGAAGGCAGGGUACGACUACCUGGCCACCGCCGCCCACUUCGCUGCCGAGUCCUCCACGGGAACCAACGUGAACGUGUGCACCACGGACGACUUCACGAAGUCCGUGGAUGCCCUGGUGUACUACAUCGACCCCGACAGCGAGGAGAUGAAGAUCGCCUACCCCAACCUGUUGUUCGACCGCAACAUCACCGAUGGCCGCGCCAUGAUGUGCUCUUUCCUGACCUUGUCCAUCGGCAACAACCAGGGCUGGGGGCUCAGCUUGGGUAUGGGUGAUGUCGAGUACGGCAAGAUCUACGACUUCUACCUGCCCCCUGAGUUCCUCCGCCUGUAUGACGGCCCGGCCGUGAACGUGGAGGACAUGUGGCGCAUCCUGGGCAAGGGCACCAGCAACGGCGGCCUCGUGGUGGGCACCAUCAUCAAGCCCAAGCUCGGACUGCAGCCCAAGCCAUUCGGCGAGGCCUGCUACGCAUUCUGGCAGGGUGGCGACUUCAUCAAGAACGAUGAGCCCCAGGGCAACCAGGUGUUCUGCCAGAUGAACGAGGUCAUCCCAGAGGUCGUGAAGGCCAUGAGGGCGUGCAUCAAGGAGACCGGCGUGGGCAAGCUCUUCUCUGCCAACAUCACCGCGGAUGAUCCCAACGAGAUGAUUGCCCGCGGCAAGUACUGUCUGUCCCAGUUCGGUCCUCUGUCUGAGAAUUGCGCGUUCUUGGUGGAUGGCUACGUGGCUGGAGGCACGGCCGUGACCUGCGCCCGCCGCAACUUCCCAGGACAGUUCCUGCACUACCACCGUGCCGGACAUGGAUCCGUGACCAGCCCCCAGACCCAGCGUGGUUACACCGCCUUCGUGCACACCAAGAUCUCCCGAGUCAUCGGUGCGUCCGGCAUCCACACCGGAACCAUGAGCUUCGGCAAGAUGGAGGGCGAUGCCUCGGACAAGAACAUCGCCUUCAUGCUGCAGGACGACGCGGCCGAUGGCCCCUACUACCACCAGCCAUGGGAGGGCAUGAAGCAGACCACUCCCAUCAUCUCCGGCGGCAUGAACGCCCUGCGCCUGCCGGCCUUCUUCGAGAACCUUGGACACUCCAACGUGAUCCUGACCGCCGGUGGCGGCUCCUUCGGCCACAAGGAUGGCCCCAAGCCGGGUGCCGUCUCCUGCCGCCAGGGUGAGGAGGCCUGGAAGGCCUGGAAGUCCGGACAGUACGGCAACAUCAGCCUGAGCGAUGGCGUGAUCGAGUUCGCCAAGACCCACGAGGAGAUCAAGGGUGCCUUCCUCACCUUCCAGAAGGAUGCGGACCAGAUCUACCCGGGCUGGAAGGAGAAGCUCGGCUACACCGGCGAGUCGUCCGUGCAGGCGGCCAGCUUCGACUGGGCCAAGAAGGCCUCCGCCGCCGCCUUCGUGGGUGCCAGCGUGGCCCCGGCCAAGAAGGAGAGCAGCGUCUCGCGCAAGGCCCUGGAUCAGUCCAGCCGCUACGCGGACCUGUCCCUGGAUGAGGCGACUCUCAUCAAGAGACCCAGCUGCAGGAACGGCAAGCACGUGCUGGUGGCAUACAUCAUGAAGCCGAAGGCAGGGUACGACUACCUGGCCACCGCCGCCCACUUCGCUGCCGAGUCCUCCACGGGAACCAACGUGAACGUGUGCACCACGGACGACUUCACGAAGUCCGUGGAUGCCCUGGUGUACUACAUCGACCCCGACAGCGAGGAGAUGAAGAUCGCCUACCCCAACCUGUUGUUCGACCGCAACAUCACCGAUGGCCGCGCCAUGAUGUGCUCUUUCCUGACCUUGUCCAUCGGUAUGGGUGAUGUCGAGUACGGCAAGAUCUACGACUUCUACCUGCCUCCUGAGUUCCUCCGCCUGUACGACGGCCCGGCCGUGAACGUGGAGGACAUGUGGCGCAUCCUGGGCAAGGGCACCAGCAACGGUGGCCUCGUGGUGGGCACCAUUAUCAAGCCCAAGCUCGGCCUGCAGCCCAAGCCAUUUGGCGAGGCCUGCUACGCGUUCUGGCAGGGCGGCGACUUCAUCAAGAACGAUGAGCCCCAGGGCAACCAGGUGUUCUGCCAGAUGAACGAGGUCAUCCCAGAGGUCGUGAAGGCCAUGAGGGCGUGCAUCAAGGAGACCGGCGUGGGCAAGCUCUUCUCUGCCAACAUCACCGCGGAUGAUCCCAACGAGAUGAUUGCCCGCGGCAAGUACUGCCUGUCCCAGUUCGGUCCUCUGUCCGAGAACUGUGCAUUCUUGGUGGAUGGCUACGUGGCUGGCGGCACGGCCGUGACCUGCGCCCGCCGCAACUUCCCAGGACAGUUCCUGCACUACCACCGUGCCGGACAUGGCUCCGUGACCAGCCCCCAGACCCAGCGUGGUUACACCGCCUUCGUGCACACCAAGAUCUCCCGAGUCAUCGGUGCGUCCGGCAUCCACACCGGGACCAUGAGCUUCGGCAAGAUGGAGGGCGAUGCCUCGGACAAGAACAUCGCCUUCAUGCUGCAGGACGACGCGGCCGAUGGCCCCUACUACCACCAGCCAUGGGAGGGCAUGAAGCAGACCACCCCCAUCAUCUCUGGCGGCAUGAACGCCCUGCGCCUGCCGGCCUUCUUCGAGAACCUGGGACACUCCAACGUGAUCCUGACCGCCGGUGGCGGCUCCUUCGGCCACAAGGAUGGCCCCAAGCCGGGUGCCGUCUCCUGCCGCCAGGGUGAGGAGGCCUGGAAGGCCUGGAAGUCCGGACAGUACGGCAACAUCAGCCUGAGCGAUGGUGUGAUCGAGUUCGCCAAGACCCACGAGGAGAUCAAGGGUGCCUUCCUCACGUUCCAGAAGGAUGCGGACCAGAUCUACCCUGGCUGGAAGGAGAAGCUCGGCUACACCGGCGAGUCGUCCGUGCAGGCGGCCAGCUUCGACUGGGCCAAGAAGGCUUUGCGACUUAUAGCUGUGCUCUCAUCGAUGCACCUUUCUCCGGACGGGCGGCGCUGCCCGUCGUCAGUUUUCGCUGGCGUCUGCAUCCCUCUGCUUGACUCCUACAUACGUGAAGCCAAGGCUGAGUUUUUGAACUUGCGCUUUGCUAUGCAGACUCCGGACAAUUUUACGAACCAACUCUUUGCACCAGCUAGCACAGGGUUCCAAACCAGGCGCCUCGCUAUGGCUCAGCGCCCAUCCAACCUGGCCCUCGCUGGGGCGGCCGCAGGCGGACUCGCGCUGCUGGGUUCCACCGCCGAUGCCUUCGUUGCAGCGCCGCGGGAGGCCGGUGCGCCAAGCCUCCGUGGCACCUCCCUGGCCCAGGCGCAGGUGCAGGGAACAAGCACCGGCAGCUCCUCCUUCGCUGCCCUUGCCGCCGGCGGUGCCGUUGCCGCGGCCGCUGUGGCCGCCGGUCGCCCAGGACGCCAGACGCGAAGCUCUGUCCUUCCUACCACAGUGGUGCCGGUGAAGGACAGCCGGGUGGCACGCAAAGCCCUUGACCAAUCCAGCCGCUAUGCGGACCUGUCCCUGGACGAAGCGACCCUGAUCAAGAAUGGCAAGCACGUGCUGGUGGCGUACAUCAUGAAGCCGAAGGCAGGGUACGACUACCUGGCCACUGCGGCCCACUUCGCCGCCGAGUCCUCCACGGGCACCAACGUGAACGUGUGCACCACGGACGACUUCACGAAGUCCGUGGAUGCCCUGGUGUACUACAUCGACCCCGACAGCGAGGAGAUGAAGAUCGCCUACCCCAACCUUCUGUUCGAUCGCAACAUCACCGAUGGUCGCGCCAUGAUGUGCUCCUUCCUGACCUUGUCCAUCGGUAUGGGCGACGUCGAGUACGGCAAGAUCUACGAUUUCUACCUGCCCCCUGAGUUCCUCCGCCUGUACGACGGCCCGGCCGUGAACGUGGAGGACAUGUGGCGCAUCCUGGGCAAGGGCACCAGCAACGGUGGCCUCGUGGUGGGCACCAUCAUCAAGCCCAAGCUCGGACUGCAGCCCAAGCCAUUCGGCGAGGCCUGCUACGCAUUCUGGCAGGGUGGCGACUUCAUCAAGAACGAUGAGCCCCAGGGCAACCAGGUGUUCUGCCAGAUGAACGAGGUCAUCCCAGAGGUUGUGAAGGCCAUGAGGGCGUGCAUCAAGGAGACCGGCGUGGGCAAGCUCUUCUCUGCCAACAUCACCGCGGACGAUCCCAACGAGAUGAUUGCCCGCGGCAAGUACUGUCUGUCCCAGUUCGGUCCUCUGUCCGAGAACUGCGCGUUCUUGGUGGAUGGCUAUGUGGCUGGAGGCACGGCCGUGACGUGCGCCCGCCGCAACUUCCCAGGACAGUUCCUGCACUACCACCGUGCCGGACAUGGAUCCGUGACCAGCCCCCAGACCCAGCGUGGUUACACCGCCUUCGUGCACACCAAGAUCUCCCGAGUCAUCGGUGCAUCCGGCAUCCACACCGGCACCAUGAGCUUCGGCAAGAUGGAGGGCGAUGCCUCGGACAAGAACAUUGCCUUCAUGCUGCAGGACGACGCGGCCGAUGGCCCCUAUUACCACCAGCCUUGGGAGGGCAUGAAGCAGACCACUCCCAUCAUCUCCGGCGGCAUGAACGCCCUGCGCCUGCCGGCCUUCUUCGAGAACCUUGGACACUCCAACGUGAUCCUGACCGCCGGUGGCGGCUCCUUCGGCCACAAGGAUGGCCCCAAGCCGGGUGCCGUCUCCUGCCGCCAGGGUGAGGAGGCCUGGAAGGCCUGGAAGUCCGGACAGUACGGCAACAUCAGCCUGAGCGAUGGCGUGAUCGAGUUCGCCAAGACCCACGAGGAGAUCAAGGGUGCCUUCCUGACCUUCCAGAAGGAUGCGGACCAGAUCUACCCGGGCUGGAAGGAGAAGCUCGGCUACACCGGCGAGUCGUCCGUGCAGGCGGCCAGCUUCGACUGGGCCAAGAAGGCCUCCGCGGCGGCCUUCGUGGGUGCCAGCGUGGCCCCGGCCAAGAAGGAGAGCAGCGUCUCGCGCAAGGCCCUGGAUCAGUCCAGCCGCUACGCGGACCUGUCCCUGGAUGAGGCGACUCUCAUCAAGAGACCCAGCUGCAGGAACGGCAAGCACGUGCUGGUGGCGUACAUCAUGAAGCCGAAGGCAGGGUACGACUACCUGGCCACCGCCGCCCACUUCGCUGCCGAGUCCUCCACGGGCACCAACGUGAACGUGUGCACCACUGACGACUUCACGAAGUCCGUGGAUGCCCUGGUGUACUACAUCGACCCCGACAGCGAGGAGAUGAAGAUCGCCUACCCCAACCUUCUGUUCGAUCGCAACAUCACCGAUGGUCGCGCCAUGAUGUGCUCCUUCCUGACCUUGUCCAUCGGCAACAACCAGGGUAUGGGCGACGUCGAGUACGGCAAGAUCUACGAUUUCUACCUGCCCCCUGAGUUCCUCCGCCUGUACGACGGCCCGGCCGUGAACGUGGAGGACAUGUGGCGCAUCCUGGGCAAGGGCACCAGCAACGGUGGCCUCGUGGUGGGCACCAUCAUCAAGCCCAAGCUCGGCCUGCAGCCCAAGCCAUUCGGCGAGGCCUGCUACGCAUUCUGGCAGGGUGGCGACUUCAUCAAGAACGAUGAGCCCCAGGGCAACCAGGUGUUCUGCCAGAUGAACGAGGUCAUCCCAGAGGUUGUGAAGGCCAUGAGGGCGUGCAUCAAGGAGACCGGCGUGGGCAAGCUCUUCUCUGCCAACAUCACCGCGGACGAUCCCAACGAGAUGAUUGCCCGCGGCAAGUACUGCCUGUCCCAGUUCGGUCCUCUGUCUGAGAAUUGCGCGUUCUUGGUGGAUGGCUACGUGGCUGGAGGCACGGCCGUGACCUGCGCCCGCCGCAACUUCCCGGGGCAGUUCCUGCACUACCACCGUGCCGGACAUGGAUCCGUGACCAGCCCCCAGACCCAGCGUGGUUACACCGCCUUCGUGCACACCAAGAUCUCCCGAGUCAUCGGUGCGUCCGGCAUCCACACCGGAACCAUGAGCUUCGGCAAGAUGGAGGGCGAUGCCUCGGACAAGAACAUCGCCUUCAUGCUGCAGGACGACGCGGCCGAUGGCCCCUACUACCACCAGCCAUGGGAGGGCAUGAAGCAGACCACUCCCAUCAUCUCCGGCGGCAUGAACGCCCUGCGCCUGCCGGCCUUCUUCGAGAACCUGGGACACUCCAACGUGAUCCUGACCGCCGGUGGCGGCUCCUUCGGCCACAAGGAUGGCCCCAAGCCGGGUGCCGUCUCCUGCCGCCAGGGUGAGGAGGCCUGGAAGGCCUGGAAGUCCGGACAGUACGGCAACAUCAGCCUGAGCGAUGGCGUGAUCGAGUUCGCCAAGACCCACGAGGAGAUCAAGGGUGCCUUCCUGACCUUCCAGAAGGAUGCGGACCAGAUCUACCCGGGCUGGAAGGAGAAGCUCGGCUACACCGGCGAGUCGUCCGUGCAGGCGGCCAGCUUCGACUGGGCCAAGAAGGCCUCCGCGGCGGCCUUCGUGGGUGCCAGCGUGGCCCCGGCCAAGAAGGAGAGCAGCGUCUCGCGCAAGGCCCUGGAUCAGUCCAGCCGCUACGCGGACCUGUCCCUGGAUGAGGCGACUCUCAUCAAGAGACCCAGCUGCAGGAACGGCAAGCACGUGCUGGUGGCGUACAUCAUGAAGCCGAAGGCAGGGUACGACUACCUGGCCACCGCCGCCCACUUCGCUGCCGAGUCCUCCACGGGCACCAACGUGAACGUGUGCACCACUGACGACUUCACGAAGUCCGUGGAUGCCCUGGUGUACUACAUCGACCCCGACAGCGAGGAGAUGAAGAUCGCCUACCCCAACCUUCUGUUCGACCGCAACAUCAUCGAUGGUCGCGCCAUGAUGUGCUCCUUCCUGACCUUGUCCAUCGGCAACAACCAGGGUAUGGGCGACGUCGAGUACGGCAAGAUCUACGAUUUCUACCUGCCCCCUGAGUUCCUCCGCCUGUACGACGGCCCGGCCGUGAACGUGGAGGACAUGUGGCGCAUCCUGGGCAAGGGCACCAGCAACGGUGGCCUCGUGGUGGGCACCAUCAUCAAGCCCAAGCUCGGCCUGCAGCCCAAGCCAUUCGGCGAGGCCUGCUACGCAUUCUGGCAGGGUGGCGACUUCAUCAAGAACGAUGAGCCCCAGGGCAACCAGGUGUUCUGCCAGAUGAACGAGGUCAUCCCAGAGGUUGUGAAGGCCAUGAGGGCGUGCAUCAAGGAGACCGGCGUGGGCAAGCUCUUCUCUGCCAACAUCACCGCGGACGAUCCCAACGAGAUGAUUGCCCGUGGCAAGUACUGCCUGUCCCAGUUCGGUCCUCUGUCUGAGAAUUGCGCGUUCUUGGUGGAUGGCUACGUGGCUGGAGGCACGGCCGUGACCUGCGCCCGCCGCAACUUCCCAGGGCAGUUCCUGCACUACCACCGUGCCGGACAUGGAUCCGUGACCAGCCCCCAGACCCAGCGUGGUUACACCGCCUUCGUGCACACCAAGAUCUCCCGAGUCAUCGGUGCGUCCGGCAUCCACACCGGAACCAUGAGCUUCGGCAAGAUGGAGGGCGAUGCCUCGGACAAGAACAUCGCCUUCAUGCUGCAGGACGACGCGGCCGAUGGCCCCUACUACCACCAGCCAUGGGAGGGCAUGAAGCAGACCACUCCCAUCAUCUCCGGCGGCAUGAACGCCCUGCGCUUGCCGGCCUUCUUCGAGAACCUUGGACACUCCAACGUGAUCCUGACCGCCGGCGGUGGCUCCUUCGGCCACAAGGAUGGCCCCAAGCCGGGUGCCGUCUCCUGCCGCCAGGGUGAGGAGGCCUGGAAGGCCUGGAAGUCCGGACAGUACGGCAACAUCAGCCUGAGCGAUGGCGUGAUCGAGUUCGCCAAGACCCACGAGGAGAUCAAGGGUGCCUUCCUGACCUUCCAGAAGGAUGCGGACCAGAUCUACCCGGGCUGGAAGGAGAAGCUCGGCUACACCGGCGAGUCGUCCGUGCAGGCGGCCAGCUUCGACUGGGCCAAGAAGGCCUGA